AUGUGGUGCCGGGCAUUUUUGGCUACUUUGGGAGGACAUGCCCGGACCUGGUACUCCUGUCUUUCCCAUCGUUCCAUCAACCACUGGGAAGAGCUGAAGACCUGUUUCUUAGCCCACUACGUUCCUUUGAAGCGCCACCGAAAGUCUUCCAUGGCUCUGGUAAGCAUCAAGCAAAACCAGGGUGAAUCCCUAAGGGAUUUCGUGGCGAGGUUCAACGAAGAGGCAUUGAGUAUCGACAAGUUCGACCAGCGGAUUGCAAUGGUAGCUCUUCAGAAUGGCUUGAGAGCUGGGCCAUUUGCUCAGUCCUUGGCUAAGACUCCACCUCGUACUUUCACAGAGGCCUUGGCCCGGGCUAAUAAGUAUAUUAAUGCUGAAGAGGUGAUGAAGGUGAAGCAGGCGGAACAACCUGAAAGGAAAGAAAGAGAAAAUGAGAAGAAAAAGCCAGUGGUGGAGCAGAAGACGGACUAUCGCCUCUCCCGAGCUCCAGAUCGCCCGGGUUUCAGGGGUGCACGUGAAAGCCCGAUGAGUUAUACUCCUCUCAACGCCAGUCGAGCCGAGAUUCUACUGGCAUUGGAGGAUAAGGAUUAUUUGCGGCAUCCUCCACCGCUGAGGUCUCCAUCCAACACUCGAAGCAAAAAGAAGUAUUGCCGAUUCCACCGCGACCAUGGUCAUGUUAUAGAGGACUGA